AUGACAGUUCUUGUCAGGAGCAAUCUUGCCCUGUUUGUAGUAGGCACAAGGCCAACGAGCGAUACCAGACAACAAUCAUCAUCUGGUAUUCAUUAUACAGUCAUCAUUGGAUUGGUUUUAAGUACAACUUGCCUAGCCAUAAGGUUAUUGACUAGGCACCAGAUUCUCCGGAAGAUCACCGCUGAAGAUUUGUGCCUUACUAUUGCUUGGGUUCACAUAUUAGAUGCUCUAGACCACGCAGGUUUAGGGCGUCAUAUUGAAUACCUCUCAGUACAAACGAUCAGCACUUAUGAAAAGCUCUUUCUUACAGCAGCGUGUCUUUUCAUUACUGGAAUAUGUCUUGCGAGAAUCGCACAUCUAGUAUUGUUUCACCGUUUAAUGAUUGCGAAAAGCUGGUUGCGCCACGCAUUAUACGGAGUUACUGCCUUCGUAAUCAUUGGAUCGAUAACUCUGGUUUUUUGUUUUAUAUUUGCCUGCCGCCCGAUCUCGAAGUCCUGGGAUGUCACAUUGCAAGGUCAAUGUAUCAAUCGACCUGCUAUCCUAGUAGCUGUUGCUGUGCUGAACAUUAUCUCCGACUUCCUUCUAAUCUUGUUACCUAUCCCGGUCAUCUCUGAUCUACAGGUCCCAAGGUCCCAAAAGAUUAAGACCUUUAUCAUUCUGGUAAUGGUAUGCAUCACGUUUGUUGCAAGCGCUAUCAGGCUUAGGUUUACAGUCCCUCUUCUGAGUUCUCCUGACCUAACGUACAAGAUUGCACCUGUUGCUUUAUUAGUGUACGUACCCGGCGUCCAUUCAUUCCUCAUAGAAAUUUUCUGA